CAUUUUCUCGGUUUUAUUUUUACUGCGUCAUUCCUUCCUCUCAGCUUCAUAACGCGCAGCUCCUCCGCUACAGCCCCCCUAAAUCGCCCGCAGGGCCACGAGCGCCAACGUAGCGCAUUUAAUCCGUGGUCGUGUCGCAGAAAUCAGAUUAUUGGGCAGGUAAACUGGAUUCUGACGUAGAGGGCUUAAACCCAGACUGGGAGGCAGAGGAGCGACGCGACCAGAAGCGGAGGUGAAGGAAGGAUGCAGCUCAGGGAGGCUCCUCCUUUCCUCCUCUUUUAAGGAGCGCCGCAUGACUCCCAGGAUAAAUCUCUGCCUCUGAGUGGAACGGAGGAGCGCCCUGAACAUGGCUUCAUACCUGGAGGUGAGGCUGCAGCUCUGAGCGGAGCUCUGGGAACUUGUUCUGGGUGUGGUUUAUGAGCUGCUACCGAAUGAAGGCCCUACAGAUCCCGGAUGAUGAGGAAGGACAUGAUCUAGACCUCUUCUGUGUGCCCAGACAUUACGAGAGCGACCUGGACAAGGUGAUCAUCCCCCAUGGACUCAUCAUGGACAGCGUCCCAACCUCUUUCCUGCAGGACAGAGCGUCUGGCUCGGGACAUCAUCCGGGACAUGGGGGGACACCACAUCGUGGCUCUGUGCGUGCUGAAAGGAGGAUACAAGUUCUUUGCGGACCUCCUGGACUACAUUAAAGUGCUCAACCACAACAGCGAUAAAUCAGUCCCGCUGACAGUGGAUUUCAUUAGAGUGAAGAGCUACUGUAAUGAUAAAUCAACCAACAGCGUUAAAGUGAUUGGAGGAGACGAGCUUUCCAACCUUUCAGGAAAGAAUGUGUUAAUUGUUGAGGAUAUCGUAGAGACGGGAAGGACGAUGCAGACGUUACUUUCUCUCCUGAGUGAAUGCAGUCCCAAGAUGGUUAAAGUUGUGAGCCUUCUGGUGAAGAGGACGCCGAGGAGUUCAGGCUACAGACCAGACUACAUUGGUUUUGAAGUACCGGAUGCCUUCCUGGUGGGCUACGCUUUGGACUACAAUGAGUACUUCAGAGAUCUCAGUCAUAUCUGUAUACUGAAUGAUCAAGCCAAGGAGAAGUACAAAGUAUGAGUUCAAAGCGUGGCUGAUGUGACGCCCUGAAGACUUGGACCACUGUGAUGGGCCCUGCUUAGCUUUAUUGUGUUUUUGGAUCUUAUUUAUUUUUCUACAUGACAAUCCACAUGUUAUCUGUGGUUGGUUACGGACCUGAAGAAGAAAGUUUCUCCCUGACUUUAUUAAAAACUGGGAGUAAAUAUGUAUAUAUUUUUGUUAAAUUUUAAUUAUUUCUCUUAUUUAAGAAUUUAAGUUGUGUUUUAGUAAGGAAGAGGAAAUAUUGUCUUAAAUCUCUCAGGCUCUAUGCUCAGUGAGCUGUUUGUACCCUUUAACCAGAGAGUUUUUUGUUGUUUCAAUUAAUACUAAAAAAAUCUUACAUACAUUUAUUUGCAAUAUUAUAUUUGUUAUUUAGUGGUUGAUGUAUCCAUUGAGGACCAGUUUACAGCAAUACAACUCUAAUUAAACCAUGAA